AUGUGGAGCUGCUCCUACAAUUAUCAAUGGAUCAAUGACUUCUACUGGUACUACAUUUGGGGAAACGGCCAAUUACAUUUGUGAUAUUGGUUUCAGUCUGACUGGUUUAUCAACAAUUACUUGUCAGGUAAACCAAACUUGGGAGGUUGAACCUGUUUGCACAGUUGUCUCUUGUGGAGUACCUCGAAUAGUUAAAGAAGGAUCUAGUAAUUUCACUGGGACCACAUUUGGAGAGACAGCUACUUACAGCUGCAAUAAUGGCUACCAUAUUUCUGGUUCAGCCGAAAUAAUUUGCCAGGCAGAUGCGAACUGGGAUGCUGAGCCAGAGUGCUUGUUAGCAGAUUUUUCAUGUGGUUCUCCUCCUGUUAUCCUCAACGGAUCUCCUGGUAGACCAACUUCCGUACUAACUGGUGGAAUAACUACAUAUACUUGCGAUCAUGGAUUCAUCCUAAUCGGCUCAAACACAGCUACUUGUUUGUCAACUGGUGUGUGGACAGCACCAUCUACAUGCCAAACUACUCCCCCAGUCUACUUAUCGCUUUUCUCCACCAACUACUUGUCUACUCUCCCGGAAAUCCCCCUAUCCUCUGUGGGAGAGGGGAAGAACAGUUCCCUUGCCUGCCAUACCGACCUGGCUGCUUGUUGCCGACAGCUGGAUUCAGGAGUGGAGGGUGGUCUAGGAGAGUGGAAUUAUCCAAACGGAACAGUUGUAGUGACAGAUAAACUACGGGAUGAUCUGUAUACAACUAAGAAACAGAAGAUGGUAAGUUUGAAUCACAAGAAUGCUACCAAUGUUCCAGGUGGUGUGUACUGUUGCGUUGUGCCUACUACUCAAGGAAAGCAGUCUAUUUGUGCAAACUUAGUAUUUGUGCAAGGAGACACUGAAACUCCAAGCAUUCAGCAGGCAGACUAUACUGGGGUGGUUGCGGGAGGGAUAGUCGCUGUAGUUGUUUUGAUUAUCACUGGAACAGCUGUGCUUCUGCUUGUUCUGAAACAUCAUGCCAACUGCACAAAACAAAACCUAAGGGAUGCAUCAUGUGAAUUAACAUCUACUAUGGAAAGAGAUCGUCCUCCUCAAGCCAUACCGGUUAAUGACUCUACUUACGAAGAAAUUGACCUAAGUUCCAUCGAAAAUAGAAAAGUUAUAUGUACUAACAAUACAUCGUAUGUUAAACAGAAUGAUAAUGGUGGUAUGACUACAGAGAGAGAUGACGAUAUGAAUAGUUCCAGUGAUUACGUGCAAGUAUCUGAUGAGGCUCGAAUGUGACUAUUUGGACAAUGUACUUAAAUUUGUAACACUUCCCUUUAGAUAACUAAUUAAGAUGUGAAGGAUUUUGUUUAAGAUUUAGAAUCACAUUUUUGUUUCCUAAAGUGAAUUAUCUGUUAAUGAUCUUUACCAAUUCAAUAUCAAGUGUUCUG